UCAUUAUCUUCGUCAUCAUCGCCAUUCUUGGUGCUGGAGACAGAAGCCAGGGGCUUGUGCGUGCUAAGCAAACUCUUUACCACAGAGCUAUACAGCUAAACAAACAUUCAUGGGGCCUUUGACAUACACGUCAUGUAUGACCCUCACAGAAUGUCUGUCUUACCCAUACGCUAUCUCCCUGUGUGGCUGACACUGAGCUGGUAGCUGCCUGACCAAGAGUCGUAUCCAUCCCCUUCCCCCAGAUGCCCAGGCCAUGCAUGCGGCGUCAUUUAAAAAACAAACAUUCACCAAGUGCUAGGCUCAAGCAUCUCUGGGAUGAAUCACCUGCUGAUCAUGGAGGGCGGGGUACCUCUCCAGUGAGGCAGGACUGGGCCCUGGUCAACAGUGAUGACAAUGGGUAAUCGGCAUUGCUAUUAAUAAUUAAUACUCGGAUUGAUCACCUGGCAUUGGAACCCGGUAGCUUUGGGGUUGUUCUCAGUCAAGCCAGACUCCGGGUCUAGCCAGCCCCUGGCUUCCCUCAGUUUUCUUAGAGAAGGGCCGCUUUCCCUGACUUCGCUACUGUGUAUCCACCAUCUGCAAGAGGGGACAGGCUCGGAGAGGAGUUUCCUUGCUAAAUUCACAGAGGCCAGGCAGCAAGGGGGUGAGGAGCUUUGAAUACUUGAGGAGGCUGGCGCAGGAGAACAGGGCACCAGGGUCUUCUACCCCCCAUCCCUUCAUAUUGACUGUCAGCUCUGCCCACCAACGUGGGACAAUCUGCAUUCCUAAAACAGAGCCCCGGGCUAUGCCUUGACCUUCUUUGCACUCCUGUGACUUCCUUCCCCAAAGCUUCAGAUACCCCAAACAGGAGCUGCUAUAUAUGAAGCAGGAAGCUGUCUGUGCGAGAUCCACAGACAUGGGCUCAAAAUCCUGCCCUGCUUUUACCCGCUGAGUGACCCUGAGCAAGCCAUGUUACCUCUUGGAGCCUCAUUCUCCCCAUCUACAAAAUGGGGUGAUGGUACAACCCAGUGGUACCCACUGAGUGGAGUCAGUCAGUUGCUAGCAGAGAUUCUAGCCCUGUAUUCCAUCAGGGCUCAGUACACACAGGGACCUGAUGAGGUUUGGGAAAACCCAAACAGGAGAAUGAGUGAAUGAAUCAGUGAUGUUUCGCGGGUGGAGGAGGACGCUGUCCUGGGUGGGCCAGAAAGCCCCUGAUUGGCAGCUUAGGACGCUGGUCUGCCCCCUACCGCCAGUCCUCCACUGUAGACCUCCGCCACUGCAGCUUCUCGGACUUUCGGAGAGUACACCUGCGGUUGCCUGAGAUGCCUCUGCUGCCGAAGAAGCCCUGGGAGUCCAAGGCCAAGGGGCUGGUGCUGGGAGCCCUCUUUACCAGUUUCCUGUUGCUGCUCUACUCCUAUGUGGCACCCCCGCUGCACCCCAACAUGGCCUUCACGACCUCAGAGACCGCAGCGCCCUGCUCCCCUGCUCCCAGUGAGCCAGGGACGGCCACUCCGGUCAACGGCUCUGCCGGAGGGUGCCAACCUCGGCGAGACAUCGUGUUCAUGAAGACGCACAAGACCGCCAGCAGCACACUGCUCAACAUCCUCUUCCGCUUCGGCCAGAAGCAUGGGCUCAAGUUCGCCUUCCCCAAUGGCCGCAACGACUUCCACUACCCGUCCUUCUUCGCACGCAGCCUGGUGCAGGACUACCGGCCCGGGGCGUGCUUCAACAUCAUCUGCAACCACAUGCGCUUCCACUACGAAGAGGUGCGCGGGCUGGUGCGGCCGGGCGCCGCCUUCAUCACGGUCAUCCGCGACCCCGCGCGUCUCUUCGAGUCCUCCUUCCAUUAUUUUGGGUCCGUGGUGCCGCUCACCUGGAAGCUGUCGAGCCGCGACAAGCUGGCAGAGUUCCUGCAGGACCCUGAUCGCUACUACGACCCGAGCGGCUACAACGCGCACUACCUCCGCAACCUACUCUUCUUCGACCUGGGCUACGACAGCGGCCUGGACCCGGGCAGCCCGCGCGUGCAGGAGCACAUCCUGGAGGUGGAGCGUCGCUUCCACCUGGUGCUGCUGCAGGAGUACUUCGACGAGUCCCUGGUGCUGCUCCGGGAGCUGCUGUGCUGGGACCUGGAGGACGUGCUGUACUUCAAGCUCAACGCGCGGCGCGACUCGCCGGUGCCGCGGCUCUCCGGUGAGCUGUACCGCCGCGCCACCGCCUGGAACCUGCUGGACGCGCGCCUCUACCACCACUUCAACACCAGCUUCUGGCGAAAGGUGGAGGCCUUCGGGCGCGAGCGCAUGGUGCGCGAGGUGGCCGAGCUGCGCCAAGCCAACGAGCGCAUGCGCCGCAUCUGCAUCGAUGGCGGCCAGGCGGUGGACGCCGAGGCCAUCCAGGACUCGGCCAUGCAGCCCUGGCAGCCCCUGGGCGUCAAGUCCAUCCUGGGUUACAACCUCAAGAAGAGCAUCGGGCCGCAUCACGAGCAGCUGUGCCGGCGCAUGCUCACGCCCGAGAUCCAGUACCUGUCUGACCUCGGAGCCAAUCUCUGGGUCACCAAGCUCUGGAAGUUCCUUAGGGACUUCCUAAGGUGGUGACGUACCCCGCCCAUCUUCCCGACUGGCUCCCUGCUGCAGAAGGGCCGGCCAGGGAGCCUCUGGCACCUAGCCUUCCCCAGCCAUGCCCGGUGCCACCCUGGGGUCCCCUGGGGUUAUUAGCUGGCCAGGAUUGGUCUUUCUGCACCAGGGAGAGCCUAACCGAGAAGUAUUUGACUAAUUACGCCAUUUUUUUAUUAAAUCUCCUUUAUUUCCAGUCUCCUCUUACAAGGGGAGACUCAGAAGUAAAGGAAUUUUAUGUGUUUUUGUUAA